AUGAAUUCUAUUGUGGUCACGGAACAAGGGCUGGCGGCAGAUGCAAGAACUGACGGUCGACGCAAGGGCCUGGGGGAAGCUGAGCAUCGAGGUCGAGACGGGCCCGACGCCCCUGGUGAGCCCAGCAACAGAUUCGACCUGAGUUUGGCUUCCGAGUCGAACUUCGGGUCGAUUUCCGUGUUCGGGCCGUGGUCCCACCUCAUGUAUCGGGGGUUCGUGACGUCGUCGACGGUGGCUAGGCGAGGAGGGCCGAAGUGGAGUUUGGGGAGGAACGUGACCCACGCAGAGGAUGCUGUUGCGUCAUUGACAGAGAUCUAG